CCAUCUAGUUCCGAGCAUUUCGGCGGUAAGAAAGCGCGGGUAACGUUACCGGUCUGAAGAAUUCUUUCAAGUGACGGUAGUUGUUUGAAUCAACUAGUUUACGCGCAUUGGUAAUCAAGAAAAAGUGAACCGGCAAAAUGUUUGAAGCACGUUUAAUACAAAGUGCGAUCUUGAAGAAAGUGUUGGAUGCAAUAAAGGAUCUUUUAACCGAAGCAACCUUCGAAUGUUCCGAUUCAGGAAUCCAAGUUCAGGCUAUGGACAAUGCCCACGUUUCCUUGGUAUCACUUAAUCUCAGAAGUGAUGGUUUUGAUAAAUAUAGAUGCGAUAGGAAUUUGUCAAUGGGCAUGAGUGUUGCAUGCAUGUCCAAAAUUUUACGAUGUGCUGGUUCAGAAGAUACUGUCACUUUGCGAGCUGUGGAUAAUCCAGAAAACAUUAUGUUCAUAUUCGAAUCACCGAACAAAGAGAAGCUUGCCGAAUAUGAGAUGAAGCUUAUAAACAUGGACCAAGAACAUCUUGGUAUUCCUGAAACUUCAUACUCGUGUGUUGUAAAAAUGCCAUCCCAAGAAUUUUCCCGUAUUUGUAGAGAUUUAAGUCAAUUUGGAGAAUCAAUAACAUUUGCAUGCUCUAAGGAAGGCAUAAAGUUUAGUGCUUCUGGAGACUAUGGACAAGCUACUAUCAAGUUAGCACAAACAGCGGACGCGGAUAAUGAAGAAGAAGCAGUAGUUGUUAAUAUGCAAGAACCUGUGAAAUUAACAUUCUCAUGCCGUUACCUUAACUGUUUUAUAAAAGCCGGACCACUUUGUGCACAAGUACAACUAUCCAUGUCCAAUGAUGUACCCCUAGUAUGCGAAUACAAAAUUGGCGAUAUUGGACAUAUCAGAUACUAUUUGGCUCCGAAAAUUGAUGACGAUGAAGAAAAUUAAGACUCCUAGGAACAUACUUCGGUACAUAAACUAUAUCAUAGUUAAUGCAGCAGUGUAUCAUAGUAUCGAAUCAUU